CUCAGCUCUCAGCUCAGCCCAGCUGCCUGCCUACGACUCCCUCUCCCUUCCCUCCUAACAAAUUAUACAAGUCGUCGUCGUCGUCGCCGUCGCCGUCCAAUUCCUUCUGCCCGUGCCGUGGCUCCUCCCCUCCCUCCGCCCUCUCAUUCAUCAAUAACUCCUCCCGCGCCGCCUUGCCUCCGUGCUGCACGCUGCCGGCGCCGCCGCGCAGAUCCAGCUCCGGUUUCCUCUCCUCCCUGCAGAUGGCCCAUAAUUCUGAUGGCGACCUGGAGGAGCACUCGACCGAGCUCUACCAGGAGGCCGCGUUCGAGGCCUUCAUGUGCCCUCUCACCAAGCAGGUCAUGCAAGACCCCGUGACCAUUGAGACGGGGCAGACCUUCGAGCGUGAGGCCAUCCUCAAGUGGUUCAGGGAGUGCAGGGACAACGGGAGGAAGCCCACCUGCCCUCUCACGCAGAGGGAGCUCCGCAGCACCGACAUCACCCCCAGCAUCGCCUUGCGCAAUGUCAUCGAUGAGUGGAGGUCCCGGAACGAUGAGAAGGAGCUCGAGAAGGCGUGUACUGCCCUCUGCGUGCACCCCGAGUCCGGGGAGGAAGACACACUCCACGCCCUGGCGUACAUCUCGCAGAUAUGCCAGAGGAGCAGCGCCAAGAAGAACCUAGUGCGCAACCAGGGCAUCAUACCGGCACUCGCCAACAUGCUGAAGAGCAGCAGCAGGAGGGUUCGGCUCAAGUCCCUGCAGGUCCUUCGCGCCGUUGUCGAGGACAAUGAUCAAAACAAGGAAGAGCUGGGGAAAGGUGACACCGUGCGCACCAUCAUAAAGUUCUUGUCGAAUGAGCAUAUCCAGGAGAGGGAACUAGCAGUUUCCCUAUUGUAUGAACUCUCAGAGUACGAGCCCGUGUGCGAAAGGAUUGGUGCCGUCUAUGGGGCUAUACUCCUGCUGGUUGGUAUGGGGAGUAGCAAGUCAGAGAAUAUGAUGGCAGUGGACAAAGCAGAGAAGACGCUUAAGAAUUUGGAGAAGUAUGACACUAACAUCAAGCAAAUGGCUGAAAAUGGCAGGCUGCAACCUCUCCUAACCAAGCUGCUUGAAGGAGGGCCUGAGGUGCAGGUUACCAUGGCUGAGUACCUUGGGGAGCUUGCAUUGGCUAAUGACGUGAAGGUGGUGGUGGCAGAGCAGGUUGGGGCGUUGCUGGUGAGCAUCAUCAAGACAGGUGGCCUGCCGGCGAGGGAGGCGACUUUGAAAGCACUGAGGGAGAUGUCAUCCAAUGAGUCAAGCGCCAAGAUACUGUUGCAGGCCGGCAUCCUUCCUCCCCUUGUUAAGGACCUCUUCUCCGUUGGUGCCAGCAGCCAUUUUCCGAUGAGGCUCAAGGAGGUCUCCGCCACCAUCCUCGCCAACCUCGUCGCCUCUGGCGCUAGCUUCCGCUCCAUCCCCCUUGACGAUGCCGGCAGACAGACACUCCUGUCCGAGGAUGUGGUGCACAGUCUGCUUCAUCUCAUCAGCAACACUGGCCCUGCCGUGGAGUGCAAGCUCCUCAACGUCCUCGUUGGCCUCACCAGCUCCCCGGACACAACCCCCGAUGUCGUCUCAGCGAUCAAGAGCUCCGGCGCGACCAUCAGCCUGAUCCAGUUCCUGGAGGCCGCACAUAAGGAGAUCCGCGUGGAGUCCCUCAAGCUCCUGCGCAACGUGUCGCCGUACAUGGGCGCCGAGCUCGCAGACGCCCUCGGCGGCCACCUGAGCAGCUUGCUCCGGGUGAUCUCCGAGGGUGGAGGCGGCGGCGUGACGGAGGAGCAAGCGGCCGCCGUGGGUCUGCUGGGUGACCUUCCGGAGAGAGACUCAAAACUGACGCGGCAGCUGUUUGAGCUGGGAGCGUUUGGGAUGCUAAGCUCGAAGCUGGCGGAGCUUCGGCGGGGCGCCAUCCGUGGGAACCGGUACACGACGCCGCUAACGGAUGGCAUGGUGAAGGUAAUGUACAGGCUGACGUGCGCGCUGCAGGAGGCACCGGAGUACGUGGAGUUUGCCAGGGAGGCUGCGCUGGCGCCACUCUUUGUGGAGCUUCUGCAGGUGAACGGGCAGGACACGGUGCAGCUCUACUCGGCGAUGGCACUGGAGAAGCUGUCCCUCGAGACAAGGAACCUCACGACCAUCCCAGAGCCACCGCCGCCGGCAGCUUCUGGCUUCUUGUCGUGCGCAUGUUUGUUCGGGGGGACAUCGUCAACAGCGGCGGCAGCUGCAGCUCGACAGGCUGGGGUUUGCCGAGUGCACGGCGGAUUCUGCUCGCUCCGGGAGACCUUCUGCCUGGCUGAGGGCGGGACUGGAGGGAAGGCGGUGGAGCGGCUGGUGGCGUGCCUUGAUCACCUGAACCCAGAGGUGGUGGAGGCUGCGCUGGCGGCGCUGUCGACGCUGGUGGGAGACGGGGUGGACGCAGCGGAGGGGGUGGUGGUGCUUGGGGAGGCAGAGGGGCUGCGGCCGGUGGUGGAUAUCCUGGUGGAGAACCGGACAGAAGCGCUGCGGCGGCGGGCGGUGUGGGUGGUGGAGCGAAUCCUGCGGGUGGAGGACAUUGCGAAGGAGGUGGCGGUAGACCAGACGGUGGCAUCGGCGCUGGUGGAGGCGUACCGCAACGGCGACCCGCGCACCCGGCACACCGCCGAGCGCGCACUCCGUCACCUUGACAGGAUUCCCAACUUCUCCAGCGCAUUCCACGCUCAAGCAAGACGUCCUUGAAAAAUGAAAAUCCGUCACCUCCACUCGACUUCUUGUUUUCUUUUCUGUUCAAAAGGGGACGUUGCGUGUGUAGUGAUGUAUAUUCAGUUUCAUUUUGUUGGUUUAUUCACUAGUAGUUUGAUUUUAUGUAUGUAAUUGAUCUAAUAUUUUAGCAUGAUUUUGUGUAUGCAAUUGGUUAGAGAGCUUGCAA